AUGCAACUCCAAUCCUCCCUCCUCCUCACGGCCCUGCUCACCAGCCUCGCCGGAGCAGCCACCACCACCACCACCACCACCACCGGCGACGCCCUCGCCAGCCCCACCCCAGACACCUCCUCCACCCCCACACCCCCCUCGGACAGCGACAGCGCCAACGACACCACACAAUCCGUCACCCGCAGCAUCAGCACCAUCCCCAGCAACUUCCCCAGCAGCCUCAGCAGCACUUUGACCGUGACGGGCACCCGCGCCAGCAGCAACGCCACCCUGACCACCUCUGCCACGCGGACGGCGACGUCGCCCGCCGACGACGGGGAUGAUGAUGAGGAGGACCGUGACCGCACUAGGACCAGGACCAGUACCCGCGCCCCGAGCACGCCGACGGCUAUCAAUGCUGCGGCUGCGGCUGGGGCACCGGCGGUGAUGGGGCUGGGGAUGGGGAUGGCUUUGAUGGCGGUGGUGGGGAUUUAG